CUUCCACCCCUGUAAACCCUAAACCCUGGCUUUAAAUUCUACAGCUCUAUAAUUCUAUAUCCCAAUUUGGCAAUUUCACAACCCACUUCUGAUUGAGCUCAAACUCUUUUCUUUGCUGAAGAAAAAUGGCUUUCUGGGGGAUUGAAGUCAAACCCGGAAAGCCGGUUACUCAUAAACCUGGGGACUCCAAUGGACGGCUUCACAUUUCAAUGGCAACAUUGGGGUUGGGGGCUGCAACCCAAAGAAGCAUACUCCAGUGUAAUGUAGGAAACAAAAGUCCGGUUUAUCUGUGCUGUUUGUAUCCUGAGAAGACCGAGUGCUUGCAACUGCAUUUGGAAUUUGAUGAGGCUGUUGAAGUCAUGUUCUCGGUUCUUGGUCCGCGAAGUGUUCACCUGGCUGGCUACUAUAUAGGCGACCGCCGAUCGUACAAUCCAGAUGAAUCAGAAUCAUUUGGAGAAGAUAUUGCUGACUCAGAUACACAGAGAUCUGUUAACAGUGAAGACGAAGAGUAUGAUGACAGUUUCAUUGAUGAUGGUGAUCCUGAACUUUUCCCCUCUACUCUUUUAUCUGACACUACAGAUUCUGAUUCUGGUUCUGAAGAAAAGUUUUUGGCUAAUAAAAAACCUCAGAAAGGGAAGGAGCCGUACAGACGACGUAGAAAGAAGUACCUAAUAAGUGAGUCAGAAGGUGAAAGUGAACAUGAGGAUGAUAACAACCGCCCGAUUUCCUCUUUGUUCAAGUCAAGAUCAUCCACUGAUGAGAAUGCAACACAGGAAUUGGAAGAAAAAGGUGACAAGGGAACUGUUGACACCAGCAGCAAGAAGGCAGUGGAUGAUUCUGCUACUGAAUCAAUUAGACAUGCUGAUGAUGUACCUGUAGAUGGUCAAUUUAAAAGGCAAUCAGACCUCCCAAUUGAUCUAUCUUCUAAAGAAGACCUUGAUAAUGGGGGAAAACCAAAAAGGAAAAGAAAAGAACGGCCUCAGGAGGAGAAUAAACUUGGAGUUGAUAUCCUUAAAAAAGUGGACGAAGCCCAUAAAGACAAGGGAAAAGCUGAAACUAGGAGCCACAAUAGCGAAGCUAGAAUGCCAGAUAACUUAUCAUUGCUUUCCACGGAGGUUGGCCAUGGAAAAAGUGAUAAACCGAAGAAGAAAAGGAAGAAGCGGGUGGAUGAGAAAACAGCUGAGGUUAUCUUUACAGAUCCUGGUAAUGAUGUAAAAGAGAAGGAGGCAAAGGCAGACUUCUGCUUGGAACCACCAGUCAAAAGUGAACAGAAUCAGAAGUUAGCCAACGAUGAGAUAUUAGGCCACAACUCCCUUGUUGAGCUGAAUGAAAAGAAAGUCAAAAAGAAGAAGAAAAGCAAAACUCAUUCACAUGAAGAGAUGGUCAACACGGAUAUAGCUCUCUUGCUAGUAGAAGAGAAGAACACAUCUCCUGUAGAGAUUGAAGCCAAUAAUGUCAAUGCCAAAUCAUCUGAAGUUAGAACCUUCCCCAGUGGAUUACACAUUGAGGAGUUAGAAGCAGGAGAACCUGAUGGCAAAAUUGCAACCUCUGGGAAAAAGAUCACUGUUCAUUAUGUUGGCAAGUUGAAAGAGAAUGCAGGAGUAGUUGAAUCGUGUGAUUGUGGCCCUCUGUUAAAGUUCCGCUUAGGUCGGGGAAGAGUUAUAGAGGGUUUGGAUGCUGGUAUUGAUGGUAUGCGAGUUGGUGGCAAACGAAGACUUGUUAUCCCACCUAUAAUGGCUUAUGGGAGCAAAGGUGGCAAAGAUAUACCACCAAACUCAUGGCUGAUAUACGAUGUUGAGUUGGUGAAAGUUCACUAAUUGAUUAGCCCGGCUGUAUACUACCUUUUGCAUUUUCGUGCGCAAAUUGUUUUGAGAUUUUCAUUCUCAUCAAUACAAGAGGAAAUGACAUCAAAGUCGGUAGAGUUUUGAAAUGUGAGAUGUGGCAACAGCCUCAACACUGUAAUACAGGAUCUUACAGAGCUGAGCUUUUUGGCU